AUGACAGAAAGUGUUAACAGUGGUAAGAGAGCCUCAGAAGCUGCUCCUUCAAUUGACCACAAGAGGGUGAAAAUUGACCGAACUGGCAAAGUUGUAGAAGAAAAACAAGUCGGAAUAACUCAAUACAUAAAUGAGGAAAACCGCAGUGGUGGUUUCUAUGGCUCCAUCAAGCAGCGUUAUUGUGAUUUUUUGGUGAACGAAAUCGAUUUAAGCAACAAUGUUGUUCAUCUUGUUGAUGAAGGUAUCAAUUUAGGAAAGACAAAACGGGAAAGAAACCUCGAAAAAAGACAGGAAGAGAGAUCAGAACUCCAAGGAAAGACAGCGGAGGAAGUGGAACGUAUAAAGGAACAGAAAAAGCAAGAACUUGAACAGCAACCCAAAUAUGAGCUUUCUUCAGAGGACAAAGAAAAAUUGCUUAAACUUAUAACAGAAGCCGAAUUGAAUCAAAUCGAGCUGCUUUUCAAUUCUGGAGACAAAAUGGAGACCCAAACAAAAUUUGAAGACAAGCAGACCCGUACAACUUUACAUCAAUUGCUUCGACAAGCAUUCCAGUCCAAAUUGGAGACGGUUACAACACCUGAAAACACCUUCAGAAUUGCACUUGCUCGUAAUAACUCAGCAAGAAGAAGAAACCCACAAGAGAGCAUCAACCACGUCGAUGAAAACGGGGUGGUAAACUACGGAUUGGGACCUUUCAAAAAUUAUCUUCAUUUCACAGUAUAUAAGGAGAACAGAGAAACCAUGGAAGUUGCAUCCACUAUUUCUAAAUUUCUCAGGAUUCCAUCAAAAAACAUUGGUUAUGCUGGUACCAAGGACCGUCGUGGUGUGACAUGUCAAAGGUUUUCGAUUCUGAAAGGUAAAGUUGCCCGAGUUUCUUCACUUAAUAAAGGUUUGAAAAAUGUUGUCUUGGGAGGAUUUACUUAUGAGGAUUUACCCUUGGGUCUUGGAGACUUGAAGGGAAACGAGUUUGUUAUUACUAUCCGGGACGUUAAACCGUUCAAUGACAAGGACAGCGUUGAGACCAUCAUAGAGAAAUGUUUUAAUUCGUUGCAACAAAAAGGUUUCAUCAAUUACUACGGUAUGCAAAGAUUUGGUACUUUUUCAAUCUCCACCCACGAGCUCGGUAUAAAGAUUCUACAGGAAGACUGGAAGGGAGCCGUGGACCUUGUGUUAUCGGAACAGGAAAUCGUGGCCCCUGAAUCGAUCGACGCAAGAGCUUGUUGGGCAGAAACCCGUAAUCCAUCGUUGACUUUGAAAAAGAUGCCUCGUCGAUGCACUGCCGAGUACUCGAUUUUGAGUGUUUUAGAAAAAGAGAGGCUUGACAAAAACGAAGAUUAUGGUUCGAACUCCUAUUUCAAGAGUAUUAUGGCCAUUCCUCGCAAUUUGCGCAUCAUGUAUGCUCACGCCUAUCAGUCAUAUAUCUGGAACUUGGUUGUAUCCAAACGUUUCGAAAUGUUUGGCAUGGACGUUCAGGUUGGAGAUUUGGUUUUGGUUCAAAACGAGGCCCCAGCUCAGGAGAAGGAUGUUGAUGGUGAAGACUUCGAGGAAGAUGUUGUAACGUCCAAAUUUGUGAGAGCCAGGCCACUUACAGAGGAGGAUAUUGCAGCCUCAACUUACACAAUUUACGACAUUGUACUCCCAACUCCUGGGUUUGAUAUCUUGUAUCCCACGAACGAAAAGUUGAUGCAAGUCUACACCGAAGUGAUGGCCAAAGAUGGACUUGAUCCGCUAAAAAUGAAUCGCCGUGUGCGUGAAUUUUCACUUGCUGGUUCUUACAGACACAUUAUGGGCAAACCUACAAAUCUUUCAUAUAAGAUUGUCAAGUACGAUGAUCCCAAUGAGCCCAUGGUGAGGACUGACUUGGAAUUGACUCGGUUGAAAAAAGAUGGUGAGGAAAACGUCGCUAGAGAAAUUGACCAUCAAGAAGGUGAGCGCACUGGAGUUGUUUUGACGAUGCAAUUACCUGUCAGCUCGUAUGCCACAAUGGCACUUCGGGAGUUCAUGAAAGCAGACACUUCUAGGUUCGGUGAUGUUUUUAGUUCUGGCAAGUGA